GCCAUCAUGGCCUCUUGAUCGACUUGGGUGCUUUCGUCGAGACGAUGCGCCCAAGCAAGCGCGUCCUACCCAUCUCCAGAGAUGAAUUUGCGAGGUACAUACACGCCUGCCUUCCCCGAACGAAGGCCAGAGCCAUAGUGGUCGCCAACUCCGGGGGGCCCGACUCCACUUGCCUUCUCUUCCUCCUCCACCGCUGGGCUCGCUCUUUACCCGAGUCCCAGUCCCACCGCAUCCUGUCUUGGUCCGUCGACCACAACCUCCAGCCCUCCUCCGCCCAAUGGAUGUCCCACACCGCUCGCUUCGCCGCCCGCUUGAACAUCCGGCACCUCUCUGCACAAAUAGCCUGGGGCGACGGCGGCUUCCCCCCGAAGCCCACUUCCGGGGGCAAAGGCAAGCUCGAGCUCGCGGCGCGCGAGGUGCGGUACGCGCUACUCUACGACGCGCUGCGCAGCGCCGGCGCGGAGGUGGCUGCGUUCGGGCACCAUGCUGACGAUCAGGUCGAGACGGCAAUCCUGCGCGCACUAAAGGGCUCCUCGGAGCUGGGUCUCGCGGGCAUGAAGUCAUGCAGGCGCUUCGGGAUGGGUGCGCGGGGCGAGCUGGGGCAUGAAGGCUUGCGAAAGUGGAUCGUGAGGCCGCUUUUGCCAGUGAGCAAGGACAGAAUCCUAGCGACCUGCGAUGAGCAUAAGCUAGAGUACGUCGUGGAUUCCACGAAUUUCCAGCCCGAGCUCACGCUGCGGAAUGCUAUUCGGAACGCCGUGGAGGAGAGGGACGUGGGUCCGAUACAGCGCUUCGACCCAUCGCUGACCAAGUCUGCCAUCGAGGACCGAUUGACUGGGCUCGAUAUACCGCUUGACAUAAGCAAAGGCGCGCCGGCUCUGCGUGGUGCUGUGCAAGAAAUUGGCCGCAGAGCACAGCGUGUAGAAGAAGCAACGACUAUCGCUCUCAAGAGCUGCAGUGACACCUCACCCGCGGGCGCCCUCACCUUGUUUACCAAAAGGUUGCGCAAACUAUCCGGCCUCGCUAUCAUGAAAGAGGACAACAUCCUUCCCCUCGUCCAGCGCAACCUCAUCACGCGCGUCCUUCGGUACGCCUCACCGCACCCCUGGGGCACCCUUCAGGCCGAGGCGAACCGGCAAACUGCAAGUCUGGAGAGGAUCAGAAAGGCUCUGUUUGGGUUCAAAUCCGACAGCUCUACCGAUUCGACCGCUCCUCGGCUAGCCUCAUUCUCAGCCGGCGCGGACGUGCUGUGGACGCCUGCUCUUUUCGUCCGAAACCGCAAGAAGGUCGCGGGGAUCGCGCACUCGGAGGGCAUGGUCACCGGCUCUCUAAAGCUCAACAUUCCUGCUGAACGCGCAAGCGCGCUCAUCGAAGACGGGACGGCCGAGGAAGUAUGGGUUGCCUCUCGGCUGCCGCCAAUGCGAAAGAGAGGUCACCCUUCGUCGGUCCCGGAGAGGCAGGAUAUCACGGAUGGCUUCAUGAACCUCAACAAGCACUUCCUAGUCGACAACCGCUUCCUGGUUUCCUUCGACUAUCUGUCUACGGAAGUGGUGACCACACUGUUGAUCACAGCGAAGGUGCUAGUGCCCAAGGAUCAAGCAUCAGCGCCGCGGAGGCUGGUGCCCGGAGCAAACGCGCUCGCGUAGAAAUCGUCGCGCGCGGGCGAUACGCCGUGCCCAGCGUGAUCGUUACCGGGCUCGAAGACGACAUCCAUAGCUGGGCGGCACAAGUGCCAGGCUCCGUGGUCGAUGCGAAGAGGGGAGAGCUGAUCUUGUGCUCUUAUGUGGAACCCACGAGGGCGGUCGACCGCUACGAUGGACGCACAACAUGGAUGGACGACCCGACGGACUACGACGCUGACCAGACGUGGGACAGCAACGGGCUGGUGCAAUCGAGAGUGGCGAGCAGGGCUGCGACCGUCGGUAAGGAGGGAUGCGAUUCAACAGGGGGAUUCUCGAAAAGUCAGAUAGGCCUGAACGAGGAUCGGCAGUGGGUGCGAAUACAAUGGAUUAGGCCAUUGUAGCGCCAAUGUUGA